AUGGGUAAAAAAUGUUUAGUGGCUUUGGAUGGAUCGAAACAUUCAAAUAAUGCAUUGGUUUGGACUCUUGAGAAUUUGAUUCAGCUUAAUGACAAUAACAAUGACGAAGAUACAUUAAUGUUGUUAAGUGUUGGUGUUUUGUAUAAUGAUAAUGAAAUAUCAUCGUUUGAAUAUUCUGCUGUUACAAGAAAUUUAUUAAAUGUUGAGAAUGAUACAAAAAUUGAAAAAGCCAAGAAAUCAAUACUACCGUCUGUACAGUCCUCAAAUUUACCAAUUAUUUCAAAUCCUCCAAAAAUUCAACUAUUCUUUAAUUCAAGCUCUGAUCCAGCUAAUUCUGUAAUUGAUUUCUCAAGACAAAACAAAGUUGAUGUAUUGAUAAUAGGUCAUAGAGGUUUAUCAAGGCCUGAUUCAUCAAAUUUGGGCAGUGUAGCUCAAUGUUGUCUUCAUUCUGCUAAUUGCACCGUCAUAGUUACAAGACUCAAAUCAUGA